UGGCUUACCAAUGUUUACUGGACAUGUUAAUACAUAAGGUAAAUGGUUAAUAUUGUAGUUUAAAGACGAUCAGAGAGAGUGGCUUUGGUUCUCGCAACCUCUCCGAAAGCCCUCCAGAUAAAAGCUCUGCCAGCUUUUGGCUGAGAAAUUAGCAACUAUAAGCCUAGCUCGAUUCAGUAACGCAAUUCCCAAGCCCGAGGUUAGAAGUCGAGCCACCUGGAGAAACUCGCAACCAGCAAAAAUGCCAUCAAGAUCCGUGCUGAUCGUAGUAAGCCUACUGAUGAUGCUGAGCUGGCAGUGGACGAUGGCCAUGCCGCCCCAGCCGCAGAACCAAGCCAGCGGAGUAUCCAUCAGUCGGCCGGACAUACCGGGAGAAUCGGAAAUAUUGGUGCAGAGCAUCUUCAACAUCGAUCCAUCACAGUGCCCCAAGGGAUACAUUCGCACGGGUCCACAUCACACGUGUCGUAGGAUAGCCUAGGAAGUCAAACCCCAAAGUUGGGCUUAAAGUUCAAGAACUCCAGAACGUGCUACGAGCUGUGUUUUUAUUGAUACUUAAAUAAACGAAAUAAACAUACAAAUAAAUUAUAUAAAUACUGGCAAUUCUCACAGUUCUUUCACAUAUUUUAUGAAUCUGGCGUAGUUUCAUAAUUAAAUACAGAUUUAUUAGAACUAAA